AUGGCCGACGCAGGCCUCGUGCAAGCCAGUCUCAUCUGGGUCACCUACGCCAUCGCCGUCGGCUUCUGCCUGCUCGCGGCCACCAUCACGGCGUUUACGUGGCAGACGCCCCGAGAUCGGUCGGCCGUCGUCAGCAUCGUCGCCAUCGUCUCGCUCACGGCCCUCCUCGCCACCGUCCUCCUCCUCCCCGUCGACAUCGCCCUCGUUUCCGCGACGGCGUCGCCGUCGGUCGGGGCCAAGAAGCCAUGGGCGACGCCGGAGAGGGUAGGGUCGAUGCUGCGGCGGCUCCAGGUGGUCUACUACUCGCUCUACAGCGUCGACGCGCUGCUAUGCCUCGUCGUCAUCCCCUUUGCCUACUUUUGGUACGAAGAGUACGACGAGGUCGAGGUCGAGGUCGAGGGCAGGACGUGGACGAGCCGGUUCCUGGCCUCGGCCAAGUACACGCUCUUCUUCGUCGCCCUCGUCGUCGUCCUCUUCCUCGUCGGCUUCCUCAUCCCGGCCGCCGGCGAUGACACCUCGGCGCACUGGAACCUCGACUACUUCAAGGGGCUGGUGGCGCAGAAUCACGGCGAGAAGGCCCUCACAUUUUCCCUCGGCCUGCUCGUCACCCUCGGCAUCCUGCUCUACGUCGUCUACACGGGCGCCGGCCUCGCCCUCAUGCCCAUCUCCUUCAUCCGGUCGGCGCCGGCCAUCUCGGCGCCGCGUCUCUCGGCGACGACGGCGACGCAGCUCGAGCAGAACCGCGAGCGGCAGCGCCAGCUCGAGCUGCGCAACGCCGGCCGCGACGUGGGCAUGCCGCGCAAGGACAGGCGCGAGCUCGACGCGCUCGUCCGGGAGGAGCAGACGCUCGUCCGUCGCGCGCGGCUCGCCGCCGAGGCCCAGGGCGACGGCAGGAGCGGCGUCUUCCAGGCCUGGCUUCGCCUCUGCGCCCUCGUCCGCCCCGUCAAGAUGCUCGGCGGCACCCUGCUCCUCCUGCUCGCCGGCCUCCUCUGGGCGUCGAUGCUCAUGACGGGCAUCGACAAGGCGCUCAACUCGGUUUGCAAGCAGCGGUGCGGUUACAUCCUCGGCCACGUCCACCUCUUCCAGCCGAUGAACUGGAUCUUUGUCCAGACGGCCAGGGUGUUCCCCGUCGACUAUCUCCUGAUGGCCCUGCUCGUCCUCUUCCUCUUCAGCAGCUCCAUCUCGGGCAUCGCCACCGUCGGCAUCCGCUUCCUCUGGAUCCGCCUCUUCCAGAUCAGGCGAGGACGCACGGCCCCGCAGGCGCUGCUCAUCGCGACCGUCAUGAUGGCGCUCGUCAUCCUCGCCGUCAACUACGCCGUCGCCAUGCUCGUCGCGCCCCAGUACUCCAUCUACGGCACCCAGACCUUUUGCACCAACAGGCCGGCGCAGGUUGGCGAGCAGCCCGUGUGCGAGCCCGGCUCGGACAUGAUCCGGCCCUGCUCCGAGGUGCUCGACUACGAGCACGCGCGGGAGGUCUGCACGCCGUCGGUCAUGUCGACCUUUCUCAACCGCAUCGCCAUCACCUGGCCCUUUUUUGGCAUCGUCGACUUUUGGGCCCAGUUUGCCUUUCUCGCCGUCUUCCUCGUCGUCCUCGUCGCCGCCAUCGUUCGCGCACCCAAGGCGAGCGUCGGCGACAUGGACGAGGACGCCGAAGCCGACGAGGAGGAGAGCCUGCUGGCUUCCACCGGUCGACGAUUUGGUGCGACGUGGGAGGACGUGCGAGGGAAGGCGCCGAGAAAGGACAUGCGACGGAUUGGGGGCUCAUCGCGGACAUAG